GAGCUCUUGCUUCAGCAGCUGUGAAACUAAGAUUGGGAGGUUGACUACGAUUGGCCCGAUUCGAGGUGAAAGUGCAACUCAAAGAAGAUCGUCUGGAACUGCUAUUUGACUACAAAUUCUUUCAUUGCUACUGUUAGAGUUAAAAUUGCAGUUUGCGACCCAAAUCCUCGUAUUUACUCACUCUAGUGUUUUCAUCAUGUCCGGAAGAGGCAAAGGAGGCAAAGUGAAAGGAAAGGCAAAGAGCCGAUCCAACCGUGCCGGACUUCAGUUCCCUGUCGGCCGUAUCCAUCGAUUGCUUCGCAAGGGAAACUACGCCGAGCGAGUGGGAGCCGGUGCCCCCGUUUACUUGGCCGCUGUGAUGGAAUAUUUGGCGGCUGAGGUCCUCGAAUUGGCUGGCAAUGCUGCCCGUGACAACAAGAAGACCCGCAUUAUCCCCCGUCAUUUGCAACUGGCCAUCCGCAACGACGAAGAGUUGAACAAGCUCUUGUCUGGUGUGACCAUUGCUCAAGGAGGUGUGCUCCCCAACAUUCAAGCCGUUCUCCUCCCCAAGAAGACCGAAAAGAAGGCAUAGAUCUCUUGCCUUUCACAUACCUCUGAAGAACGUCUGCCCGCAGAUUCAGAGGCUGCUUCUCCUAUGGUCUGUUGAACGUCUUAGUUUAUACAAUUGACUAGAAUUGUUUGGAAAGCUGAGUUAUCGUCAAAUGUCAGAAAUCCCUGUGAAAUAAAGAUGUUGUAAUGCCAA